CUUGCAUCAUCUCCCAGCGCGUCUGUAAAGUGUUAAAAUAUUUUUUUACUAUAGUAUCGCCUUGAAAAAGCAGUCAAUCCAAAAUAAAAAUAAAUACCUUGCGCCAGCCAGCCAGAUUCCGUUUAUCAUCUGAGCAUUUGCCCCGAUUGCUUGCGAAUAGCAGCUAGCUCCGAAUUCGGCCCGCUAAUUGGUAAAUCCGAUUUCCAGGGAAGGAGACGCAAAAGGAGAAGCGGAGAACAAAAGGAGGUGAAAAACAACAGUUAAUCGUCAAAGUUUUCGCGUCGAACAAAUAGGCAAAGGUAAACCCAUCCACCAUGAGCUCCGCGGAGGAAAACAGCAACAACAGCCCGGCCACCACGCCUCAGGACAACGAUCCCAAUGAGAAGGCAAAUCUGACGGAUCUGGAGAAGCUCGAGGAGGAGAAGUUGAAGUCCAAGUAUCCCGGCGGAAUGCGAGUGCCCGGUGGGCACUCUGCCUUUCUCCAAAAAAGGCUGCAGAAGGGGCAAAAAUUCUUCGAUUCGGGCGACUACCAGAUGGCCAAGCAGAAGGGUGGCGGUGUUAAGCAGGUCUUUGCCAACAAGGUGACCACCGGAGAGGCGAUUCCCACGCCAGAAACCGUGCCGGCACGCAAAACCUCGAUCAUCCAACCAUGUAACAAGUUCCCGGCGACGAGCUAAUUCACUCACCUCCUCUCGUCACGCCUCCACACCACACCCACAACCUCAACUGCAGCCAGUUUACCCCUGUUCCCACUUCAAAUGCUCUAUACCUAAUUUUAAAGAAAAACUUAAUACUAAGAUGGCUGCUGGCCGGAUUUCGCGAAAAUUUAAACAGAAAAGUAACAAAAAAAACAGAAUUUGUAGUUCCCCGUAAACUUAAACCGCCACCCGUAUGGCGCACUCUUACCUCUGCCUUCGCUUGUGGCCAAUCAAUCUCAAGGUCCCGUCUCUUCAGUCCAUCUCUCAGGCCUGAGAAGCGAAGACGAGGAGGUGGCGAGCCGGGGACGGCGCGAACUUUUUUGAAACAGUUAUAUAUAUAUCUCUAUCUGUGUAACAUUAACAUAACUUAUCCUGAUCGUACGUAGUUGUAAGUAUUACGAGCAUAAUAAAUUUAAGUUGGAGCCACA